GGGGAAACGCGGUCUGGCUUCACGGUUUGGCUCCUCCCGCCGCCAUCUUGGGGCCCGCCCUCUGGUCCCUCUCUCCUCUCCUCAGAGGGAGCGGAGGAGCGGGAGCGGGAGGGAGGCCGUCGUUGCUGCCAAAGGGAGCCCAGCCCUGUUUGCCGAUGAUGGCUGACUUGGACAAGAUAUACAGAUCAUAAUAUCAGAUGAAGUACAAGCUUCAGAUAUGUCACCUGAAUUAUCACCUAUGCCUAGUAGCUGAUGCCAGAAAAAUGUUCUCAUAAUGCCAGGGUAGAUCAUUAUAUACUCUGGUUUUAAACCGAAGCCAACUUUCAACUAAAAUGAGAGAAAUCAACACAUAAUGAAAAUUGAGGAUGUGGUUUCCAAAUAACUGAAGUGUGAAGCAAACCUCAUGAAUUUCAACCAAAGAGAUUCAGAGAGCAUCACUGAUGUCAGCCCUAAUGAAGACCUCCCUGAAGUAGAGCUGGUGAGCAUGCUAGAAGAGCAGCUGCCCCAAUACAAGUUACGCGUGGACUCACUCUAUCUCUCUGAUAAUGAUAGUUGGAUCCCAUCUCCUAGUUGCCCCAGCCAUGUUCCUGAAAUUGUUUCUCCAGUACUUGCUGAGGAGACCUUCCGUUACAUGACGCUUCUUGAACUUCCUCCUUCAUGCUUGGCUGGAUCUCACAAACACGCACAAGUUCUUAGCACAGAGAGACGAGAUCAAGUGACAAAUAACUGCAAUGAUAGCGAAGUGGUCACACAUCUACUGGCAGAGAGAGAUCGGGACCUAGAAUUAGCAGCACGAAUUGGCCAAGCCCUAUUGAAACGGAACCAUAUACUUACUGAGCAAAAUGAAGCUUUGGAAGAACAAUUGGCUCAAGCCUUUGACAAGGUUCACCAACUACAGCACGAGCUGACAAAAAAAGAUGAACUGCUUCGUGUAGUUUCUAUUGCUUCUGAAGAAAGUGAGACUGACUCAAGCUGUUCCACACCUCUUCGCUUCAAUGAGUCCUUCAACCUGUCACAGGGCCUUGUACAGCUGGAUAUAUUACAGGAUAAACUCAGGGACCUGGAGGAGGAAAACCUUUCUCUUCGAACGAAGGCCUGCCAUUUGAAGACGGAAACCAUGACUUAUGAAGAAAAAGAGCAGCAGCUGGUCAGUGACUGUGUCAAAGAGAUCAGUGAGUACCAAGGGGAAACACAUGCCCAAAUUGCACAAAUGAGUGAGGAGUUGACCAGAAAAAAUGACGAGCUGCUUAACUACCAGGAGGAGAUUUCAUCCCUCUUGUCACAGAUCGUUGAUCUUCAGCAUAAAAUCAAAGAGCAUGUAAUUGAAAAGGAAGAAUUGAAAUUGCACCUGCAAGCUUCCAAAGAUGCACAGAGACAGCUGACAGCAGAGCUACAUGACUUACAAGAGCGGAAUGCAGAAUGCCUGGGGAUGUUGCAUGAGUCACAAGAAGAAGCCAAGGGACUACGCAGCAAAGCCAGCCAAGCUGCCCUUCUCUGCCGCCCCCAGUCAUAUGGAGCAUUUCCUGUGGACUCUUUGGCAGCAGAGAUCGAGGGGACGAUGAGGAAAGAACUGAGUUUGGAGGAAGAAUCUGUCUCUAAGCAAAAGGUGCAGCAGAAGCGUGUGUUUGACACUGUCCGUGUUGCUAAUGUGAUACGUGGCCGCUCUGCUUUGUGUCCUGCUCCACUGCCCAUCCCAGGGUCAAAUCGCUCAAGUGUAGUCAUGACCGCAAAGCCUUUUCUUUCUGGAAUGCCACACCUGGAAGGAAAGGUGCAUCAAUCUCAGGGGAUCAGGGAACCUCAGAAGUUGGGCCAUGAUGCCAUUCCCAAGGAGGGUGAUUUAGCUACAGCUCUGCACAGGCUCACUCUCCGCCGUCAGAACUACCUGAGUGAAAAGCAAUUUUUUGAAGAAGAGUGGGAGCGCAGGAUCAAUUUCCUGGCUGACCAGAAGGAAGAUCCGAGUGGCUGUAGCACUCCAGUGGAGAGCUGCUUUUCUCUGGGAAGCUAUUCAGAGCUUUCUGAUUUCUCUGGGACCUCCAGCAGCUUACGUUGUCUCCUUCCAGAGAAAUUGCAAAUUGUCAAACCUAUUGAAGGCUCCCAGACACUCUUCCACUGGCAGCAGUUGGCUCAGCCUCACCUCGGUACCAUUCUUGACCCGCGCCCUGGUGUUGUCACAAAAGGUUUUGCACCACUUUCACAAGAUGAUGUCUACCAUCUUUCUGAUUUGGAAGAAGAUGGAGAGAAGGAUGAAGGCAUAACCUUCCAAGUGCAACAGUCUCCUCAAGAGGAAGGGAAGCCCAGAGUGCCAAAGUCGGUGGCUGGAAUUUUCUUACCACCUGCUAAACUAGCAACAGUUCCCCUCACAGCUUCCAACCCAGGAAAAUGCCUCUCAUCUACAAACUCUACUUUUACUUAUACUAAUUGUAGAAUCCUCCACCCAUCUGAUAUCACACAGGUUACGCCCAGCUCUUCAUAUGCUCCCUUGUGCUCUGGGAGCCCUAGCAGCACCACCAGUACAGUGGCAAGCUCCCCCGCCACAUCAUGCAGGUUCAGCAUUGGAGAAUUCCUCACUAACAGGAGGGACUCCACUACCACCUUCAGCAGCACUACAAGCUUGGCUAAACUCUUGCAAGAGCAGGGCAUCUCUGCAAAGGUCUACAAUAGUCCAGCUUUGGAGAAUGCACCUUUGUUACAGCCACUCAAGAUACUCGCUGUUCCCUCAACGCCACCCAAUUCCCCUUUGCAUUCGCCUUGUCCUUCCCCUUUGCCUUUUGACUCUCGAGCAAAUGCACUUGAGAAUUUUUUGGCCUCUCGGCCUGCCGAAACCUUACUGCCGGAGAUGUAUGGCCCGAAGGCUUCUAAUUGUGAUGCAGGACAACUGAAGAUGAACCUGGUGGAAAGGCUGAAGAAAUUGGGGAUUGCCAGAGUUGUCAAACAUCCUGAGGCAGGGGAUGGUGGGAAGGGUCAUGGGGCAAGGAAUGCCCUCCAGAGGCAGGACUCUGCUGUAUACGUCAAUGCAGGCAGCAAUCUGAUGGGAGGCCUGAGAAGAAACCACAGCCUCCCAGUCAUGAUCGGGGCCCUUGGAGGCCCCCUGAGCACAUCGUCCUCAAAGAUGGGAGUCCUCAAGGAGAAUUGAGCAUGGAGGAUAUUAGUUUACAUAAGAAGGCGAAGUGCAUAGGAUGUAGGUCAUGGUCAAAAGAAGGUUUAAAGAGAAGGUUGUUGAAGGAGGUUCGAGCAAAGAUGAGACGUGGGAGAUGAGGGAAAGUAAAUGCAAACAUUAAGAGAAGACAAAGGAAAAAGGAAACCAAAGUUCAGCUUUGAGAUCACUGAAAUCUUUAACCUUCUAUUCAUCAAUAGAAGCAACAUAAAUACAGUGUAUUUUCUACCUUUGAUACUAUAUGUAUGGAACAGUAAAUAUCCAUGUAAAUCCCAUGUCUUGAGUAUGUUUGGCCAGGUUUUACUUGAAACCUCCUACCACUGAAAUGAAAUUCUAAGGAGAGGAGUAAACUCCAAAUUAACUUAUGGGCCAGAAUCACAGCUGUGAUUUGUUUUUAAAAGAAAAAAAUUCCAGUUUAUACACUUAAAAUGGUGAUACUGGUUAAAUAAUUACUCUGAAAAAAGUGGUGUAAGCUCAGUGGAAAAAAAAAUACUUGUAGAGUAUUUCCAGGUGGGCAGUUGUUGCACAAAAUAAACUCUCAGGCAAAUCUUUAAAAGGGAGUAAAUCUGAGUUUUAUGUAGAUUUUAUAUUGGAUUUAAAUGAGAAGCAUCUAUUUGGCAGAAAAAAGUUUUAGCUGAUAAUCUGCUUGUCAGACAUAUUAAGCACAUUGUUGCUAGACUGCUAUAGAUUUCCAACACGAUCUUGGUUGUAGUGACCAUAGACUGGAGCCAGAGCAUCCAGGAAGAUCUGUCCUGCAGAACAAAUUGCACAGCAGACCAUUGUCAUCUGAACUGUGGAAGGCUCCCAUUGCACAAGUUUCAAAGAGCAGUCAAAGAAUCUCCUGCACAAAAGAAUAUGCACAAUGUUCCAAUCCUAAAGAAAAAUAAGGUGACAGCUGUUUUUCAAACUUUAGUAGAUAAAAGCCCUGUUAAAAAAAAAGCAAAGCUUCCUUCCCUGAUAACAUGGCAGUCUGAACUUCAGUCUUUACAAAUGAAUCCAUACUGAGAUGUAAAACCUUCUGUUUUGGCAUUGUGAUCCGGUAGAAACAAUCUCAGCAUAGCUAUAGGUAUGAAAUCCAAACAGGAAAAAGAAGAAGCACAAACUUUAUGUUUGAAGUGGGAACUUUUGAUGGGUGAGUUUUACGCACAUUUGAAAAUGACUUCUUUCCCCUUCGUCUGAAAAUACUUGCCCAAAGCUGCAUGAUAAAACUCAUUUGUGCUUAUGGCAUAAUAAUGCACAUAAUCACUCUCCCAUGGAUUGCACUACGUUGCAGUGUGAGAGAACAAAUUGACAUGGUUUGAAGAUUAAUCACAAGUAGUGGCUAUGUGACUUAAUAUUUCAGCAUGACAGGACUUUGUUAAGGUGGCAGUUAUAUGCAUGGUUUCCUAUUGUAUGGACAGGGUGGGAAACGUAGGGCCCUUCAAAUGUUGGAUAGCAAUUCCCAGCAUUCAUAGCUGGUAUGGCCAGUGGUAAGAAAUGGUGGGCCUUGCAGUCCAACAAUAGCUGUAGAAAUACGCGAUUCCCACCCCAGCUAUAGGAUGUAUCCCAAAGUUCUAAGCAGAUAAAAUGCAAAAUACAUUUAUAAUUUUGUAUAUGCAAACAUGCCUUUUCUCCCCUUAACACAUCAUUCAGGCAUUCUAGGUGAAGGUUUGUCAUGAUUUCUGUAAAGUACAAAUCCUUUGACAAGAGGAAUCAGCUACAUCAAUAUUUUGUCAAAAGCUGUGUGUCCGAAUCAUCCAUGAGCUUCUAGUAGCCCCAUUGCUCUCAGAAACUAAGCAAAAUCCUAAGAAGGAUAAUGGAGGCAUAGAAAGAGGAGGGAUCUGGCAGGAUUCUUAAAACUCACUGAGAUACAUAUGUUUUCGUGAACUCAAGGACUUCAUUAGAUAUUUUAAUUGUCUGUAGCUACAUGUCACCUACAAAUGUGCCUUUUGUGCUCUUAGAAAACCAGGAAAGUUUUUUCCCUAUAAAGCAAAAAACAUCUGCAAAUGGUAGAUUGAUGCAUCUGAUGAAGUGGAUUGGAGUCCAUGAAAGCUUAGGCUGAAAUCAGUCAGGCCACGUCUACUGCCAUAUAAUGGAGUUUGAAACUUCAUUAUUUGGUCGUGUAGAUGGGAUCUUAAUCUCAAAAGAUGUUGCUAGGCCCCCUCUCCCCGCCCCCAUGCUGAAACCAAUCAGCCCAGCUAUGCCCUUGAAAACCAAGCAAAAUCUUGUAAAAUAUAUAUUGAAUAUAAAUUUAUAUAUCCAUGUUAAUUCUAUUUUAAUUUAUAAGUACUGUAUAUUCUAAAUUUUUGAACACAUUUAGAGUACAAUUCAUUAAUAUUGUAAAAAUAAAACGCUGAUGUUUCUGGGCAACAUAAAUAAAAAGGAAAUGUAUUUAAUUUGCGCUCUGUUAAGCUUGGAAUUCAACACAUUCUGCAGUAACAAGAAAAAAAUUAAAUCUCGACAUUUGUCCCAAGUUACUCAGAAAGACCCAAAGGGAAACAAUGUAUGUCUUUUUUCUGUGAUCGACAAACUCCUGCUGCAUUUUUAAAAUCUAGAUAUGAGUGUGGAUUUUUUGUGAUUCCAUCUUUUUUAUUGUUCAUAUUUCUUAUCAGUGGCAGACUUCUUUCUGCAGACCAUAUUCCUGUGUGCUUUCAAUAAAUGAAUGUUAAUUGCUUGAAGCGUGCUUUAUUUUCCCUCUUCUAACAGGAACAUUUUGAAAGUAAGAAGAAGAAGACAGGCAGUCUCUUUGCCUCAUUCAGCUGUCUUCCCUGCCGGCCCCUUUGUUCGGUGUCCAGCUCUUAGGAACAACAAAACCUGUAUUCAGUGCAUUUUGUACAGUCUGCCUCAAUUACCUUUUCUCCAGAAAGCUCUUAGGUAGCCAGAGUGACAGUAUCUUUGUGCCAAAACCCUUUUUAAAUUUGGCGCCUUGGAGCACAGGAUACCAGCAAAUCAGAUCUUGAUUACUAGAUAUGAGAAAUACAAGCAACAUCCCAGAUUGGUGCUCUUUGGAUACAAGAGAUAGGAUGCUCAUUAUGCAAGAAAGGAAACCGUGAGUUUGGCCAUUUCUUUCCUUAUGGUUAUGCUUAAAAUGGGUACUACCGUAUAUUUAAAUGUCAAUUCAGUUCAAAGACACCCUUGUGUAGAUAUAAAUGGUUAUUUUUCAUUGUUACCUGCAUUCUGUACUUAUUUGAUAAAAUUAUAUGUUUCAGCCUCUUUCUAUAAUUGAAUUGGAAAGCUGUGGAAAUGCAUAUCCUAAAGUUUAUAUAGAUGGGUCAUGGUACUGUACAGAUAGAAAAAAAAUAAUCAAACUGAAAGGGAACAAAUCUUGUCAAGUAAAGCAGCAUGGAAGGGAAAAAAUAUUGGAUAUAGUUCCCAUUGUACCAUUUGCAACAAGGCUGCACAACAUUUAUUAUAAUCAGUGAUCUGUGUUUUUUGCAUGUGGUUUUAUAGCGGAAUUUACAUUGGAUAAUAAAUACAUUAAAAAUUGCCUUCUUACAUAAUUGUACAGUGAUGUCUUCCCAACAGUGCCAAUAUUGAUAUAGCCAUUUCAUGCGUCUUGCCAGUUUUAUAUUGCCAUGAAGCAAAAUUCCCAACAGUUGAAUAAAUGGUGCUGAUUUGUUUGAAAUUGUGUUUGAUCAAGAGACUUUCGAUUAAAGCAAAAUACAUUGAAUAAAGACUGUUAAAAUGUGAAUAAAGCAUGUUGUAGAUUGAA